UCAGUCAGCGUCUCCCGCACCGUUCAAAUGCGCUAUCAUUUCCACACAGUUAUCGUCAGAAACGCUCAUGUCUUCGAAAACACCUCACACGGAAAGGAUUCAGUACUGAACCUGCAUUUCAGUACGCUGGUUUCGACACGAAUUUGAAACAUUUUUCCUCACCCCUCAGCCCUCUUUAUGAGUAUGGUUUCGCGGCGGAGUUACAUCAAAACGGUCUCCAUAAAAGUAUGGAUUUGCGUCUUCAGCUGCGCAGUGUUGGGGACGCUCUGCAUUCCCAGCAACGAAGUGAACUUGCUGGACUCGCGGUCUGUAAUGGGUGACCUAGGAUGGAUAGCCUACCCGAAGAACGGGUGGGAAGAGAUUGGAGAAGUGGACGAAAACUACGCCCCCAUUCACACCUAUCAGGUGUGCAAGGUGAUGGAGCACAACCAGAACAACUGGCUACAGACAAACUGGAUUCUAAAUGAAGGUGCCCAGAGAGUAUUUGUGGAGCUCAAAUUCACUCUGAGGGACUGUAACAGCCUGCCUGGUGGUCUGGGCACCUGCAAAGAGACUUUUAACGUCUACUACUAUGAGUCAAACGACGAGGACGGCAGGAACGUACAUGAGAGCCAGUACACCAAAAUUGACACCAUAGCGGCCGACGAGAGCUUUACAGAGCUGGACCUGGGGGACAGGGUGAUGAAGCUGAACACUGAAGUAAGGGAUGUGGGGCCUCUCACUAAGAAAGGCUUCUACUUGGCCUUCCAAGACCUGGGCGCCUGCAUUGCCCUCGUGUCCGUUCGUGUCUUCUACAAAAAGUGUCCCUUCGUGGUGAGGAACCUGGCGCUCUUCCCGGAUACUAUAACUGGGUCGGAUUCCUCGCAGCUCCUGGAGGUGUCGGGGACCUGUGUCAACAAUUCGGUGGCUGAGGAGCCUCCCAGAAUGCAUUGCAGUGCAGAGGGGGAAUGGCUGGUGCCCAUCGGGAGGUGCAUGUGCCAGGCAGGCCAUGAGGAAGUUAAUGGCUCCUGUCAAGUGUGCAAGCCUGGAUUCUACAGAUCGGCUCUGCAGACUAAAACAUGCAGCAAGUGUCCUCCUCACAGCUUCACCAAAACUGAGGCUUCCACUUCCUGCCAGUGUGAGCAGGGCUAUUACAGGAUGGACACGGACCCAACCAACAUGGCCUGCACAAAGCCUCCUUCAGCUCCACGAAACGCCAUCUCCAACGUGAACGAGACAAGUGUGUUCCUGGAGUGGAGUGCUCCGGAGGAGACAGGCGGCAGAAAGGAUGUGACGUACAGCAUCUUGUGCAGAAAGAUCAGCGCUGACCUGGGCCAUUACGAGCCAUGUGGCAGUCAUGUCCGCUACCUGCCUCAGCGCACUGGCCUCAGGAACACUUCGGUCAUGGUGGUGGACCUUCUGGCCCACACCAACUACACCUUUGAGGUGGAGGCAGUGAAUGGCGUGUCUGAGCUGACUAAACCUCUGCGCCAGUACGUUUCCCUCAACGUCACAACCAACCAAGCAGCUCCAUCUCCUAUCACUGUGGUAAAAAAAGGAAAGACAGCGAAGAACAGCAUCUCUGUGUCCUGGCAAGAACCUGACCGGCCCAAUGGCAUCAUCCUGGAGUACGAGAUCAAGUACUUUGAAAAGGAUCAGGAGACAAGUUAUACUAUCAUAAAGUCAAAGGAGACAGAGGUUGUGGCGGAUGGGCUGAAACCAGCCUCAGCGUACAUCUUCCAGAUCAGAGCGCGCACCUCCGCAGGCUAUGGUGGCUUCAGCCGGCGCUUUGAGUUUGAGACCAGCCCCUACUUGUCUGCCUCCAGAGAUCAGGGCCAGGUGCCUGUCAUCGCUGUGGCGGUUACCGUGGGGAUCAUCCUGCUGGCACUGGUCACCGGCUUCCUGCUCAGCGGCAGGCGCUGUGGCUACAGUAAAGCUAAGCAAGAUCCUGAGGAGGAGAAGAUGCACUUCCACAACGGCCACAUUAAAUUCCCAGGAGUGCGUACCUACAUUGAUCCUCACACCUACGAAGAUCCCAACCAGGCUGUCCAUGAGUUUGCUAAAGAGAUUGAUGUCUCCUGCAUCACAAUAGAACGCGUGAUAGGAGCCGGUGAGUUUGGGGAGGUGUGUAGUGGCCCAUUGAGGCUGCCGGGGAAGAGAGAGAUCACCGUGGCCAUCAAGACCCUGAAAGCAGGCUACACAGAGAAACAGAGGCGAGACUUCCUUGCUGAGGCCAGCAUAAUGGGCCAGUUCGAUCAUCCCAACAUCAUCCACCUGGAAGGCGUGGUCACUAAGAGCAAACCGGUGAUGAUCAUAACAGAGUACAUGGAGAACGGGUCUCUCGACACCUUUUUGAAGAAAAAUGACGGGCAGUUCACGGUGAUCCAGCUGGUUGGUAUGCUGCGUGGCAUCGCCUCAGGUAUGCGCUAUCUCUCCGACAUGGGCUACGUGCACCGAGACCUGGCCGCCCGCAACAUCCUGGUCAACAGCAACCUGGUGUGUAAGGUGUCUGACUUCGGCCUGUCUCGAGUGCUGGAGGAUGACCCGGAGGCGGCCUAUACUACCCGUGGCGGGAAGAUUCCCAUCAGGUGGACGGCUCCAGAAGCCAUCGCCUACAGAAAGUUCACCUCAGCCAGCGACGUGUGGAGCUACGGCAUUGUCAUGUGGGAAGUGAUGUCAUACGGAGAAAGGCCGUACUGGGAGAUGAGCAAUCAAGAUGUGAUAAAGGCAGUAGAGGAGAGUUACCGGCUGCCGGGCCCCAUGGACUGCCCUACAGCUCUCUACCACCUCAUGAUGGACUGCUGGCAGAAGGACAGAAACAGCCGGCCCAAGUUUGAGGAGAUAGUGAGCUUACUGGACAAACUCAUCCGCAACCCGAGCAGCUUAAAAAGCCUCGUCAACCCCUCCAACAGGGUGUCCAAUUUAUUAGUGGAGCAUGGCAGCGCAGAGAUCUGUGUGUUCAGCUCUGUGGGGGAAUGGUUAGAUGCCAUAAAAAUGGGUCGAUACACCGAGCUUUUCAUGGAAAGUGGAUACACUUCACUGGAAGUAGUCACUCAGAUGACCUUGGAUGAUCUGAGGAGGGUUGGCGUCACGCUGGCUGGGCACCAGAAAAAGAUCCUCAACAGCAUCCAGGAGAUGCGAGUUCAGAUGAUGAAUGCCACCAUACCUGUCUGAGGCUGCCCUUAGACCUGCUGAACCUACAGUAGUAGCCUAGCACUUUUUACCAUGGACACUUAUUUAUUGAAUGGAACUAUUGAACUAUUGAAAGGAAACGACUUGAUGUUCCUGAGCAACAGUGGGGGGAAUGGCUCAAAGGCUGGACUAAAAACGCUCUAUGUGUUUAUGCACAGCUCCUCAGCAGACUGACAACUUUGACAGUUUACAGCAGGACCCAAUUGGACGUGUUGAAAGCAAGAAAAUUUGGAAAAGUGUGGCACAUCUCCAGGUAGGACCACUGACCAGGACCACAGUCAGGAGUCUCUGGGCCGAAUGUAUAGCACUUUUUCGAAACCUCAUGCAACAAUUCUUAUUACCUCCAGAAAUACAACAGAACCUACAGUCUACUUAAGCUGGACUCCUUAUUCCUCACAACAUCACUCGGAGCGAAGGUCAUGCAGUAAGAUUGAAAACCAUAUUAUUUGGUCGAAGGAAGAAGUGGUUGUGUAUUACAAAGCAAUAUUAGAUUUCAAGCUUCAUACUGUUUUAAUUUCUUUCCUUCUUUCUUUGCUUUCUAAGUGGAAAAAGCAAUGGAUACGUAUGUACAGAUUUUCAUUUUGCACAGCAUAUGUGUCUUAAGCUGGGGGGUACAUAUGAAGUAUGACGCUUCAAAAACAGAACUGUAUUUUGUUCAUUGUUAAAACUGUGUGUAAAUAGUGUAUAGUUAGAUAAAGCAGAAAAGAGAAAAUCCAUCCAUGUUCAUGUGGGGUUCAUAUACUUUUAGCUGGAAGACAUUAGUAAACGGUGUACAGUACGUUCAUCAUGGUGAAGAAAUGCUUAUAGUGCUUUUCUGUAACUCAUCAGUUACAGCUGGUCCUUUUACAGCACUUGAUGUGUGAAUUCUGCAGGUGACUGUGCUACAUUGAUAUUCAUUUCUAUUUAUUCAAUUCUGCUCUUUUUGUCUAGCAUAUCAUUUUUAACUCAAUGGCUUAAAUGGACGCAAGUUAGUGUAGUCACAGUAUGAACAACAUUACCUUUUAGUGUCUUUUUGAGCAAAAUGAGUUAGUGGAAAUACUCUCCCUGAAUGUCAGCUAAAGAGCAGCUUGUGAAGGCCAGUUAUUAUUUCAGUUCUUUAAAGGGGGAUUCCACCAAUUUUUCAAAAUUUCUGCAUAAUUCAGUUGGGGAGAUGCAA